AUGAGAAUCAACAAGAAGAUCUUGGUGUUUUGCAUGGUGACGGUCUCAUUAGCCGUGGCAUCGAUGGGAACUAUGGCGGACGACGAGAAGGAUUGUGCCGACCAGCUCGGAAACCUUGCGUCUUGCAUUCCAUUUGUGAGCGGCACCGCCAAAAAGCCGACGCCGGAGUGCUGCGAAGACACCCGGAAAGUGAAGGAAACCAAGCCCAAGUGCUUGUGUGUUCUCAUCAAGGAGAGUACUGACCCUUCCGUGGGCCUCCCUAUCAACACCACUUUGGCUCUUCAAAUGCCCUCGGCUUGCAACAUUGACGCCAAAGUCUCUGAUUGCCCUAGUAUAUUAAAUCUCCCACCAAACUCUCCUGACGCCAAGAUUUUCAGCGAAGCAGAUCCAGAUUCCACUACGUCCUCAACAACCGAUUCACCAAAAACUUCAGUUUCUACUUCAUCAGGCUCGGCAUCACCGUCAUCUUCUUCAUCUUCGUCAUCUGGGUCCGAUUCAAAGCCAGCCCCAAACAGCAACGAUGGAGAAAAAUCCAAGUUAAUUGAGACAGGAACUUUGUUGGUGGUGAUGAUGGUUUCUACGGCGUUGAUGUGCGCUUGACGAAAUAAUUUCCAAAAAUGUGGUUAUUCUGGUUCUUACCAGAUUGUUACCCUUUUGGGAU